AUGGCGGGCAACAACGAAGUGCACGAGGGCGCGUCGGUCCAAGAGAGAUUGAUCGAGGCCUGCAGGAGAAACAACGUCGACCUGCUCACCGAGGUCAUCGAGGAGACGAACGACGACGACAAGAUGGCAGACCUGCUCAACAACACCAGGACCGUCAUGGGCAACCACCUGUACCACGAGGCCGCCUCGCAGGGCAACUACGAGAUCAUCGACAUGCUCCUCGACCAGCACGGCUUCGAGUGCGACCCCGUCAACCGCGUCGAGGGCGACACGCCGCUGCACACGGCCAUCCGUUGGAUCAACUCGGAGCCCCCGGCCCAGCGCGAGUUCGGCGCCGCCCUCGUCGAGAUGAUGCUCGAGGCCGGCUCCAAUACCCGCGUGCGCAACAAGGGUGGCCUCACGCCCCUGCAGCUCGUCGACCCGUCCAACCCCGCCCUCAAGGAGGCGAUCCGGAAGCACGAGUACGCCACCCUCAACGCCGGCGACUUUGUGGCCACCGACAGCGGCAGCGGCAGCAGCAACAACAACAACAACAACAACAACAACAACAACGCGCAUGCCAAGGCGGCACAGCAGCAGCAAAAGGAGGAGAGCAGUGAUGACGACGCCGAGUUCAGUGGAAGCGACGACGAGGAGCGCGCCGAGUGGGAGCGGAGGAGGAGGGCCAAGGGGAAGAGGGCCUAGGCCUGAGGCUGGUUCUUUUUAUCUCUGGGCCAAGAGUCUUGUUUUCUGGCUUUUUUUUCUCGUUUACUUCGGCAUGGCUGCAUUUUUCAUAAUGGAGACGGCACAUCCUGAAUCCUGCAUGGCAUGGCAUUUCUGCUUUCUUUUGUUUCUUGUGAUAUUACGAGCACUGUCGAAUCUUGAAUGUAGACCGAGAACAGUGUUGGUGUUGGCGCUGAGGAGUGCGGCACCAUAGACGGUCGGCAAUAGUGGGCGUAUCCUUGACAUGUCGAGCUGGAAGCAUUGUGAUUCUCUGAUCUAUCAAAUGAUGAUUACCAAAAGAUAUCUGUUACUAAUUUAUGAUAACUAUGCCUAGGGGGUCAAUGUACCCCAUCUGGGAU